AGCCGAUCAUUUCUUCACUAUAUAUAAAACCACUCGAUUUCCGACCAUCUUCUUUAGUACCAUCGAUUAUACCGAGUGUCGCGUAUCAGUAGUGCCACAUCUAUCGAUAUGAGAAUAAUAAUCAUAUAUUUUCUUCAGUUGCUGGUUUCCAUCUGUUGUCAUCCACUUUAUCAUUCCUUCGAGGGUCUGUAUCAACCAUUCGCCUAUCCGUACUCGUACGGCCUCAACUAUGCGCCGCAAUUGACAUCUUACAGCUCGUAUUUACCCACUUAUACCAACGAAUACAUUCAAGAUUACGCAUCUGGAGGCCAUUCAGCCGUUGAACCUACUUUGAAUCUGUUGACGGAACUACCUUAUGCUAUGUCAGAUGAAUUUUCAGUAAUUCCGAUGUUCGUUGUGUCAAAAAACACAAUGAAAACAGUUCCUCAGGGUGAAAUAAUAUCGGUAUCGAAAAACGAACCUGCCCUGACAGUGAAAGUAAACCAGAGUGCAACUAUUAAAUGCACUCCUGCAGUGAGGGUAACCCUUGACAAGCCCAUAGUGGUAGGAAGCCUAAAAAGCAACAUUCUGUUCCCAUCUGAAAUUCAGAUUCUGCACGGGGAACAAAGAAUACCUAUAAGAAUAGGGGCUGUAAUAGCCCCAAUGUCUCCAAAUUUUUAUGUGUCUCAAGAGACACCAGUAGCUAUUAAUGUUGUAUAUGCUGUACCAACAAAGCCACUUAAAAUUACAAUAAUUAUCAAACAAGAUGACGAUACUUCUGAAACUACGAACAAAAAUGAUAAUUCGGGUGGUAAUGAUGUAGAAAACAAUGCCCAUGUAGCUUUGAAUUUGCCAAACUCAGAUAAAGAACAGGAAUUCAACAGUAGUAUUCCUCCAGCAGCUGAGGAAGUAUUACAGAACCAAUCAUCUACUGCAGAAAAGCCCUUAAAUGGAUUUGGUGCCCUCAGUAAUGUUCCUGAUUACAUUAAUAACAACGACGCCAUUGUAGUACCCGACGGAGAAACACUGGUAGUUGAGAGGGAACCAGAAGUUUUACCUCCAAAGAACAUCACUAUCAUAGAAUUUCCUGAAAAAGAAGCCGCACCUCAUAUCGAAGUCGACGAAGAAGACGACGAAUUAGUCAACAGAAAUCCACCACAAGUACUUGCACCAGCUGGUAUAGUUCAAUCAACUCAGCCUCUAACGCAUGAAGAACCGUUCCAUAAUGACAAAGAAUCGACAUAUUUGGAAACUCUCAGGGAAGAGUCUAAGAAAAAGAGAAUAUGAGACUUGGCAAACAGUAUUAAAUAGAUAUACACAAUGUGCGUCACUUUUGUAAUAAUUUUAUUUAUUAAAUUUUGUAAUUAAAACCAUUUA